AUGGACGGAAAAGAGGAGAGAGUGCAGUCAGCUGCCGCGUUCAAGUCUUAUAUGUUGAAAAACAGCACGAAAAGCAACCUGAACCUUUAUGACCACCUCACUCGCUUGCUGAUGAAGUUGAUGGAUGAGCAGCCACAUAAUGCAGUGGAUGUGAUAGAGGAUAUGAGCAGUGAUGUAAAACGGGGUUUGUUAGAAGAGAUGCAGAGCACUCUGCAAGAUCAUCCAGAGACUACAGCUGAUGUGGAGCUGGCUGAGCAACAGCGCCUGCUCUUUACUCGGCCAAAAGAUGUGGAUCAUGAGGAGGAACUGGUGGAAACACCUCUUCCUAAUGUGAGUGAGUUGAGCUUCUACCUGGAGCAGGCUGGAGUGGGUUUGGGCAGAGAUGAGAUGCAGAGAAUUUUUCUUGCUCUCAAGCAGCUUGUUGAGUCACAGCCGCUGUUGCACUGCCGACUAUGGGGCAAGAUUUUGGGAACAGAGAACAGCUAUAUUGUUGCUGAAGUUGUUGUUGAAGGGGACGACCAUAGCGUCGAUGAACCAGCUGAAGACGAGGAGCGAGAGGUUGAUACUCAGGAGAAUGAGAUAGAUCAACUUCCUCAGUCGACCUAUAAACCCCCAUCAGUUGUGCCAAAGGAAGCCACAGGAACAGGUGCUAAUAAGUUUGUUUACUAUGUGUGCAAUGAGCCUGGUCUUCCUUGGGUAAAGUUACCUUCAGUCAGUCCUGCACAGAUCACUGCUGCUCGACAGAUCCGGAAAUUUUUCACUGGGAAGCUGGACACCCCAAUUGUGAGCUACCCACCUUUUCCUGGGAAUGAAGCUAACUAUUUACGAGCACAGAUUGCCCGAAUCUCUGCUGGCACACAAGUAAGCCCUCAGGGCUUCUACCAGGUUCUAGAGGAAGAAGGUGAUGAGGAAGAUGAAGUAUCCCAGAGCAACUAUGAACCAAAUCCAGACUUUGAGGGUAUUCCAGCUGCUGAAAUGGCUGAGUCUUUGUCUAACUGGGUGCAUCAUGUUCAACACAUCUUGCUGCAGGGUCGCUGUACAUGGGUGAACUUGGCAGUAAAACCAGGAGAUGAAUCUAAUGAGGAGGGAGAAGCUGAUGAGAAGGAAGAAGAGCCUGAUGAGCCAGAGCCAGAGGUUGGACCCCCUAUGUUUACACCCAUCUCCCAAGAUGCAGAAAUGUUCAACACUCCUCCAUGGAGCCUUAGUUUGUCCUCCACACUGACAUCUCAGCAUGCAGUAGCAGUGCUGCGUUCUAACCUCUGGCCAGGCGCAUAUGCAUAUGCCUGUGGAAAGAAGUUUGACAACAUAUAUAUUGGGUGGGGUUUAAAGUAUACUGGAGGAGGGUAUACCCCACCUGUCCUCCCACUGCCACAGAAAGAAUAUCCUAGUGUACCCGAAAUCACAGAGGCCUUGGACCCAUCAUUGGAGGAGGAACAGGCCCUGAAAGAAGCUUUAGAGGAGCAACAGGCUGUCCGAGAGGAAAUGGAGGCGACAGAUGAAGAGGAGGAAGAAGAGGAUGACUGA